UGUUGCCGAUAGCGGUGGUACCGUUUCAGUGAGGGAGGGAAGGGGAGAGAGAAGUCCGGAAACGUGUGAGGACUCAUCAGAAACACACACACGGUGGAAAGCGGGAGGCACGGGAGAGAGCUACUCCCUCGCGCUUAAGAGGAGGAGUGUCACUGCAUACCUGAGUCAGCUGAAGGUGUUUGGAGGUAGCAGGGAGAUGGACUCUCUGAAGAAGGAGUUGGAGGAGGAGCUGAAGCUAUCUACUGAUGACCUGAGGAGUCACGCCUGGUACCAUGGACCCAUAGGCAGAGAGGGGGCAGAGGCUCUGCUGGAGAGAGAUGGUGACUUCCUGGUUCGUGACACAGCCUCCUCCCCCGGUGACUAUGUCCUGAGUUGCUAUUGGAGGGACGAGCCCAUGCACUUCAAGAUCAUUAGGGUGGUCCUUCGGCCCAAGAAGGGUUAUUCCCGUGAGCUGUUCCAGUUUGAAGGGGAUCGUUUCGACAACAUUCCCGCCCUGGUGCGUUUCCACGUGGGUGGACGUCAUCCUGUCUCCCAGGCCUCUGGCGCCGUGGUCUAUCACCCAAUCACACGCUCCCUGCCUAUUCGUGUCAUCAGUGAGCGCCAGGCAGAGCGGCCCGACAGCAACAGAUCCAGCAACAGCGCCCUCGACAGGGUGGGGGUGGAAUCACAGCCAGACCGCAGCAAGAGACUCAGCUUCAACUCAUCACACAUGGACACACUACACGUCACUAACACACUGCUCAGGAGUGGGAGUCAGCCAGCCAACCUGGAGAAUCUGGGCAGAAGACCCUCGAUCCAAUCAGCACAGUCUGAAAGCAACCUACGCACAGGUGCGCCUCAUAGCUGUCAAUCAGAGGCCGUAGGCCCCGCCCCCAUCUCCCCAGUGUUCCGAACGGGUAGCGAACCCCUGAUCAGCCCCUCAGCCCUCAGACACACCCGGCCCUCACACCCAGGUGGAGGUGUUACGCUGCGAGGUUCUGACGGACAGCUGCACCCCCGAGCCCCGCCCAAACCCUUCAGAGUGUCCACCUUCUUCCCCGGGACUCCUCCCAACCGUCACCGUGACGACCCCUAUGACGAGCUGGUCAUCCAGGUGCCUGAAUCAAAAAAGCGUGGCCACGUGGACAGGCUGCGUGCGGAGGAGAAGUGGCAGAGCAGAGCCCGUCUCACUGAGACAUCCUUCAGCUUCCUGGAGGCACAGGAAAGUGGGGAGUUGCCUGGGUUACCAAUUGACGGACAGGUCCAGGAGGAAGAGGAGGAUUCACACUUUCAGAGGCCGCAGGUGGAGACGGUGUCGUGUUUCAGACUGGACCAGUUUGAGUCCCUCCUGCUACCAGAUAAUAACAGACCUCUAGACCCCACCGUUCUCAUGGCGCUCAAAGAACUGUUCACACGCUCCAACGCCAUGACAACCGCUCUGCACAUUCUCAGUGUCGACUGCCAGGUGGCUCGUAUCGUGGGUGUGACAGAGGACCAGAAGAGGAUGAUGGGAGUUGGCUCAGGUCUGGAGCUGGUCACCCUGUCUCACGGACAACAGCUCAGACAGGACCUGCUGGAGAGGCACCACCUGCUAUCCCUGGGCGUUGCCAUAGAUAUCCUGGGCUGUACAGGGACGGUAGGUCAGAGGGCCACGGUGCUGCAUAAAGUCAUCCUAUUGGCCCAGGCCCUGAGAGACCACGCCCACAACCUCUACGCUUUCUCAGCCGUCAUGAAGGCUCUGGAGAUGCCUCAGGUAGUCCGUCUGGAGAGGACAUGGAGAGCGCUGAGGAGGAACCACACAGAGAGCGCUGUGAUGUUUGAGAAGAACCUCAAACCCUUCAUGAACGCUCUGAAUGACGGAGAUGACUCUGUGGUGCAGGGUCCCCUGGCUGUGCCCUACCUGGUUCCCCUCCUGAGGCUGAUGGAGGGAGAGGAGGGAGAACACACAGAGAGAGGCUGUCAGUUAUUAUACAACACACUGCAGGCAGCACGCAACGCAGCGCUACACGCCCCGCAGUACCAGGAGCACGCACACAGCCUGCUCACAGGUGACUGGGAGCCAAUCCCAGAGCUGCUGGAGGGGUUCAGGACAGAGUUUGCCCUAAGGCUGUUCUGGGGACAGACUGGAGCGGCGGCAGACAAGGAGAAACGCUACGACAAGUUUGACAAGAUCCUCACCGUGCUCUCCAACAAACUGGAACCUAGCGAGGAGUUCUCCCCCGAACUCUGACCCUUAAACUCUAUACUGUGACCUGGGCUGCAUUCAGGAGGGCGCAACGUUGCACAACAGUUUGAAAUAUGUAACCUGUUUACCUGGAUCGUAUUCAUUAGAAGCUUUUUUUGCAGCAAAAAUGAAUAAAAAAUAAAUUGUUUGUUAUUGGACAAGUUCAGGUGAUUCCCUCCCUGGUUCAGUCCGUUUGGUGCCUAAUGAACCUGGGAUGUGUGUCUGGGUGGUUCUGUGGUUCUCACCCACAGGGUUCAUACCUAGCAGGUGUGGAUGCGGUUGGUUUCCCUCAUAAACCUGGCCAAGGUCUAUGUCCCAAAUGGCACCCUAUUCUCUAUGAAGGGCCACUAUCAGGUCCCGUGUGGCUCAGUUGGUAGAGCAUGGCGCUUGCAACGCCAGG